CUUUCACUAAGAGGAAGAAGAAAGAAUGGUUAUUGAACAUUCAAAGGCCACGAUCAAGUGGCUGGUGACUUUCAGGGAUGUGGCUAUAGACUUCUCACAGGAGGAAUGGGACUAUCUGGACCCUGCUCAAAGAGACUUGUACAGAGAUGUGAUGAUGGAGAACUAUAGCAACCUGGUCUUACUAGGAUUUUCUAUUUCUAAACCUGAUGUGAUUUCCUUAUUGGAGCAAGGGAAAGAGCCCUGGGUGCAAAGGAACAUGGCUGGAGGGUGGUGCCCAGACUUGGAAUUCAGAUGUAAGACCAAGGAAUUGUGUCUUCAGAAAGAAAUCUAUGAAAAACUCUGUAAAUUUAAAGAAUGUGGAAAACCCUUUAUUGAUGGCUCAGGACAUAUGCUACAGCAAGGAAUUCAUAUUGGUGAGAAACCCUAUAAAUGUAAGGAAUGUGGGAAAGUCUUUAGUCAUUUUUCCUACCUUACUGAACAUCAGAGAAUUCAUACUGGUGAGAAGCACUAUGAAUGUAAGGAAUGUGGAAAAGCUUUUAUUCGUGGCUCACAUCUUAUUCAACAUCAGAGAAUUCAUGCAGAUGAGAAACCCUAUGAAUGUCAGGACUGUGGGAGGGCCUUUAGACAAUCUGCACACCUUACCCGACAUCAAAGAAUUCAUACUGGUGAUAAACCUUAUAAUUGUAAGGAAUGUGGGAAAUCUUUUAUUUGUGGCUCAGAACUCACUCGACAUCAGAGAAUUCACACUGGUGAGAAACCUUAUGGUUGUAAGGAAUGUGGUAAGGCGUUUAGACUGCGUUCACAACUUGUUCAACAUCAGCGACUUCAUACUGGUGAGAAAUGUUAUCAAUGUAGGGAAUGUGGAAUGGCCUUUAUUCGUAGUUCACAACUUACUGAACACCAGAGAAUUCAUCCUGGUAUGAAACAUUAUGAAUGUAGAGAGUGUGGGAAGGCCUUUGUUUGUGGUUCCCAACUUUUUCAACAUCACCAAAUUCAUACUGGUGAGAAAUCCUAUGAAUGUGCACAUUGUGGGAGGGCCUUUAUUUGUGCCUCACAACUUACUCAACAUCAACGAAUUCAUACUGCCAAGAAACCCUAUAAAUGCAAGGAAUGUGGAAAAGCCUUUAUUCGUGUCUCAGAACUUACCCGACAUCAUAGCAUUCAUAGUGGUGAGAAACCCUAUGAAUGUAAGGAAUGUGGAAAGGUCUUUAGACAGAAGUCGUAUCUCAUUGAACAUCAGCGAAUUCACACAGGUGAGAAACCUUACGUUUGCAAUCAAUGUGGAAAAGCCUUCCGUCAAAAGACAGCCCUCACUCUUCACGAGAAAACACAUAUAGAGGGGAAACCCUUCAUUUGUAUGGAUUGUGGGAAGUCCUUCCGCCAGAAGGCAACCCUCACUAGACAUUACAAAAUACAUACAGGGGAGAAAGCCUAUGAAUGUACUCAGUGUGGAAGUGCUUUUAGAAAGAAGUCAUACCUCAUCGAUCAUCAGAGAACUCACACAGGAGAGAAACCAUACCAAUGUAAUGAAUGUGGGAAGGCAUUUAUCCAGAAGACAACCCUCACUGUACACCAAAGAACUCACACAGGAGAGAAACCUUAUAUUUGUAAUGAAUGUGGAAAAUCCUUCUGCCAAAAGACAACCCUUACUCUCCAUCAAAGAAUUCAUACAGGGGAAAAACCCUAUAUUUGUAAUGAAUGUGGAAAGUCCUUUCGCCAGAAGGCAAUCCUCACUGUUCAUCAGAGAAUACAUACAGGAGAGAAAGCCAAUGGAUGUCCUCAGUGUGGGAAAGCCUUUAGUAGGAAAUCAAACCUCAUUCGCCAUCAGAAAACUCACACAGGAGAGAGACCGUAUGAAUGUAAAGAAUGUGGGAAGUUCUUCAGUUGUAAGUCAAACCUCAUUAAUUGCUGGAAUAUCUAUACAGAGAAGAAACUUUUAAAAUGUAAUGACUGUGAAAAGGUUUUCAGCCAGAGCUCAUCCCUUAUUCUUCAUCAAAGAAUUCAUACUGGGGAGAAACCCUAUAAAUGUGUAGAAUGUGGGAAAGCCUUCAGCCAGAGAUCAAAUCUUGUUCAACAUCAGAGGAUUCAUACUGGAGAGAAACCCUAUGAGUGUAAGGAAUGUAGGAAAGCAUUUAGUCAGAAUGCACACCUAGUUCAACACCUGAGAGUUCAUAGUGGAGAAAAACCUUAUGAAUGUAAGGUGUGUAGGAAAGCUUUCAGCCAGUUUGCCUAUCUUGCUCAACAUCAGAGAGUUCAUACUGGAGAGAAACCCUAUGAGUGUAUUGAAUGUGGGAAGGCAUUUAGUAAUAGAUCAUCAAUUGCUCAACACCAGAGAGUUCAUACUGGUGAGAAACCUUAUGAAUGUAAUGUGUGUGGGAAAGCAUUUAGCCUUCGUGCAUAUCUAACUGUACAUCAGAGGAUACAUACUGGAGAGAGACCCUAUGAAUGUAAAGAAUGUGGGAAGGCCUUCAGCCAGAAUUCACACCUUGCUCAACAUCAGAGAAUUCAUACUGGAGAAAAACCUUAUAAAUGUCAGGAAUGUAGGAAAGCCUUCAGCCAGAUUGCCUACCUUGCUCAACAUCAAAGAGUUCAUACUGGAGAGAAACCCUAUGAGUGUAUUAAAUGUGGGAAGGCUUUUAGCAAUGACUCAUCCCUUACCCAACAUCAGAGGGUUCAUACUGGAGAGAAACCUUAUGAAUGUAAUGUUUGUGGAAAGGCUUUUAGUUACUGUGGAUCCCUUGCCCAACAUCAGAGAAUUCAUACUGGAGAGAGACCAUAUGAAUGUAAAGAAUGCAAGAAAACCUUCAGGCAGCAUGCACACCUUGCUCAUCAUCAGAAAAUCCAUUUUGGAGAAAAACCCUAUAAAUGUAAGGAAUGUGGGAAGGCCUUUAGACGAGCUUCCCACUUAACUCAACAUCAGAGUACUCAUACAGGUGAAAAACCCUACGAAUGUAAACAAUGUGGGAAAGCCUUUAGUCGUGAUUCACAGCUCAGUCUUCAUCAGAGACUUCAUACUGGUGAGAAACCGUAUGCAUGCAAGGAGUGUGGGAAAGCCUUUACUCAGAGCUCACAACUUAUUUUACAUUAUAGAAUUCACACUGGUGAAAAACCGUAUAAGUGUGAACAAUGUGGGAAAGCGUUUAUUCGUAGUUCACAACUAACCCGACAUCAAAAAGUCCAUACUGGUGAGAAACCUUAUGAAUGUAAAGAAUGUGGAAAGGCCUUUACUCAGAACUCACAACUUACUCUACACCAGAGACUUCAUACUGGCGAAAAACUCUAUGAAUGUAAAGAAUGUAGAAAGGUCUUUACUCAGCUUUCACAGCUUAUUCUGCAUAAGAGAAUUCAUACUGGUGAAAAACCCUAUCAAUGUAAGGAAUGUGGGAAAGCUUUUAUUUGUGGCUCACAGCUUUCCCAACAUCAGAAAAUUCAUAAUGGAGAAAAGCCAUACGAAUGUAAAGAAUGUGGGAAAGCCUUUAUUCGUGGCUCAUUACUUAUGCAACAUCAGAGGAUUCAUACUGGUGAAAAACCCUACAAAUGUGAACAGUGUGGGAAGGCCUUUAUCCGUGGUUCACAACUUACUCAACACCAGAGAAUUCAUACCAACGAGAAGCCCUAUGAAUGUAAGGAAUGUGGAAAGACCUUUAGUCAUGGUUCACAACUUACACAACAUCAGAGAAUUCAUACUGGUGAAAAACCCUAUCAAUGUAAGGAAUGCGGAAAAGCCUUUAAUAGAGGCUCACUCCUUACACGGCAUCAGAGGAUUCAUACUGGUGAGAAACCCUAUGAAUGCAAAGAAUGUGGAAAGACCUUUAGUCGUGGCUCAGAACUUACUCAACAUGAGAGAAUUCACACUGGUGAGAAACCCUAUGAAUGUAAGGAAUGUGGAAAGUCCUUUAUUCGUGGUUCACAACUUACUCAACAUCACAGAAUUCACACUGGUGAGAAACCUUAUGAAUGUAAAGAGUGUAGAAUGGCCUUCACUCAGAGUUCACAUCUUUCUCAACAUCAAAGACUUCAUACUGGUGAGAAACCCUAUGUAUGUAAUGAAUGUGGGAAGGCCUUUGCUCGUGGAUUACUGCUUAUACAGCAUCAGAGAAUUCAUACAGGUGAGAAACCUUAUCAGUGUAAGGAAUGUGGAAAGGCCUUUAUCCGUGGUUCACAACUUACUCAACAUCAGCGAAUCCACACUGGAGAAAAACCCUAUGAAUGUAAGGAAUGUGGGAAGACCUUUAGUCAUGGUUCCCAACUUACUCUACAUCAAAGAAUCCAUACUGGUGAGAAGCCCUAUGAAUGCAAAGAAUGUAGAAAAGCCUUUACUCAGAGCUCACACCUUUCUCGACAUCAGAGAAUUCAUACUGGUGAGAAACCAUAUCAGUGUAAGGAAUGUGGAAAGUCCUUUACUCGAGGUUCACAGCUAACUCAACAUCAGAGAAUUCAUAUUGGUGAUAAAGCUUUUAAAUAUAAGGAAAGUGGGACAGACUUUACUCAUGGCUCACAAGUUUAUAUAUGAAUUUUUUUUAUUUGUGAUUAAUACAGGUAGACUUCUGUGGUCAUUAAUCCAUUAUCAUCAGAGAAUUCUUAAAAUUUGAAUAUGGGAACACACUUGCCUCAUAAAGCUCAGCAUCAGUAAAUUUAUAUAGGGGAAGAUAACAAUAAUGUAAUCCAUGUAGAAAAAUCUAUUAUUACUGAAAACCCAUUAAACUUUAGCAAAUUUUAAUAGACCAUAAUUUGUGUAAUAAAUGUAGGAAGAACUUUAGCCAUAGCACAUGUCUUGACUCCAUCAGUUGCUUUCCUUUGUGACACUGAUAAUUAACCACUACUUUUGUUUAAUCAUUUGUAAGAAAAUAUGCCUUCCUUAUCAGAUUCUUGAAAGUAUGGUGUAAGUUAUUACAUGUAAAGCUUUUAGAACAGUGCCUUGAACAUAGCAUAUCACAGAUAUUAGCCAUCGUUACAGUGUUAGAUAAUUUGCAUGAGAGGAGAUUUAUAAGUAUAAUAAAUAUUAAGAAAUCUUUCAUUUAACACAACCUCAAUUAUCUGAGGGAGGCACUGUAUGCUAUAGUAAGUGUGAAAAAGCUUUCAUUCAUAUUUCUUUCAAUAUACUAUAAAAGAAAAUUCAUACUAUACAAAAAAGCACUGUAGAUUUAACCUGUGGAUAGUUGAAGAUGUGUUAAGUGAAUUGUGACAAAGUCAAAAACUCAUAAUUUUUACUGUUUCUGACCACAAUUUAAGAAUAUUAUUUAGAAAUGAAAAAAUGUGGAUAGCCAAAAUAGAUCUUUCUACUUGGAACUUUUUUAAAACUUGGGUUUACAGCUUUUGAUUAAAAUAAAAAUAAAAACUGCCAUUACAGACUAUUUUGCAAUGAAGGAAUGAGUCUAUGUCAGAGUACUGUUUUCUUGUACAAUAUCAAUUUUUCCUUCUAUUGUAACAGAAUUCUUGGUUGAAAACCUGUGUCACCUUCCCUUGCAGAUAAACAAAGUGGAAGUGGUAUUUGUAUGAGUGUAACAUUUAAGAAAUCUUUGUUUUUCCUCUCUACUUCAUUUUUUUCCCCCUGUGUACAACAUGGACAUUUAAUCUGCAUCUCUGGCAGUUUUAUAGGAACUUUCAGAAUGGUAUUAAGGAUGGUAGAGCAGAAGCACAGAACAAAUAUACACCUCUGCUAGUUUAAUGGAAUAGCCAUAACAACUCUGGUCUUCUUACUUCCUGUAUUUCUUUAUAUAAAAAUGAAAAUAAACUU